CUUGCAACAACACAUUGUUAUCUCUAUCAAUGAUCCAUUUGGCCAUACUCCACUUGGUGUUUUUCCUCAUUUUUCUCUUUUCCUUUCAUAAAAAUCUCCCAUCUUUCCUUUCUCUUUUUUUGACAAUCAAUUCAUGCGUUGGAGGUGCGUGUUUUUGUCAUUUCAUUCAACCCAAUUAGAAAAAUUUGAGAACCUAGGCAUUACAUGUUAAUGGAUGUUGUUCUUUCUAAUAUUUGUUAUUUGUUUUAAGGUGUGUGUUUUUUUUGUUAUAAUUGUUCUCCAAGAAGAAAAAAAUGGCUUUUGAUUCUUAUGGGGAAUCGAGCUUCUUAAUUCCACAGGAGAAGGGUUUGUGCCCCUUAAUUGGGUCAGUGUUGGAUGGCUAUUUGAUCAAGAAUUGUGAUCAUUUUGGCCAUUGCAGCUUGUGUGGUUUUAAUGAGAAUCUAGAAGGAGAGACAUAUUUUGAAACGAUCAAUGGUUUGUUAUGUGAUUUGGAUGAUGUAGAGGAAGUGGUAGUUAAUGAUGAUGUUGUUGACCAAUUGCCAAUGGAUCCUUUUGGAAUGAACAUUGAAUCCACCCUCACAAAAUUCUCAGAUUGGAUUCAGGAUUUGGAAUGGGGUUUUCGACCAGAGUAUGGAGAGUUUGGGGUGGACGAAACACAUGAAAUUAUUCGUGAUCAUGAUGAUCUUCACUUUUUAGGCUUGAGUUGGGCUUGGAAUGGCCAUGAGAAUUUGCAACCUCAGAAGGAUGGUGCUGAAGGGAGUGAUAUGUCAAGUUUAGGUUGUGAUUCCAAUGGAUAUCAAAAUUUUGAUUGGGUGUUUGAUGAGAGCAUUUUGGCUGAGGGAAGUGCAAGGGGUUUUUUGAGUAUUACUCAUGGGGAAUAUUGGGUUCAAGGUUGGGAAGCCAAGGAAUCUCAAAAUUGUAACAAAAUUGAAUUGGAUACUGAAGAAGGUGUUGCACAUGAUGCUUUGUUUUUUGUGUUGGGUUAUCUAGGUGUGAAAGACCUUCUUUCCAUUGAACAGGUUAGUAGAUCAUUAUGUGAUGCUGUUAGAGGUGAUUCUUUGUUAUGGAGGAUUGUGCAAAUUGAUCAACCAUUAAACGAAAGGAUUACAGAUGAUACACUUGUUAAAUUAACCAACAGGGCUCAAGGUACACUUCAAUGUUUGACCUUAGUGAACUGCUUAUGGAUCACUGAUAGCGGUUUGGGACGCAUUUUACAAAGUAACCCAAGAUUGAUAAAGCUAAGUGUGCCAGAUUGUAUUAGACUCACAAUUGAGGGCAUCUUAUCCAACCUAAGGGCUCUAAAGUCAUUUGGAAAACCUUGUAUAAAACACUUACGAAUUGGUGGGCUUGCUGGUGUGUGUCAUGUGAAUGACCAACAAUUUGAAGAGUUGAAUGAAUUACUGGAUGCAAACAAGCAUUUACAUCGGGGAGAGCAAAAGCCACAAUUCUAUGGUGGAGUGUAUUCACAUAUCAUAUGCGAGGAUGAUCGUGUGAUUGACAUAGAGGUGUGUCCAAGAUGUAAGAAACUAAGACCUGUUUAUGAUUGCCCAGCCGAGAGUUGUCAGCAAAAGCUUCAGAAUGCUCAAAUGUGUAGGGGUUGCACAAUAUGCAUAGCACGUUGCAUUCAUUGUGGGAGAUGCAUUAAGGACUUUGAUUAUGAAGAGACGUUUUGUUUGGACUUACUUUGUUUGAAUUGUUGGAAUCAAUUCUUGCAUUGUUCAGAGAAAAAGGAAAAAGAAGCUACAAAAUGUACUAUUAUUAGUCAGAGGACCAUGUAUCGAUUUUGUCUCUAUGGCUAGUGGAAGUUUGUGUGGUCUUUUGACAAACAUGGGAUUAGAACAUGCACAUUUGGUUGUCUGACUUUUGAUGUGCAAAGUGAGCUGAGUAUGCAUGGUAUAACAUUUGGUUGCGGAGGUAUUAUAACUACUCAACAGUUGAGCUUCAAUUGUAUAAUGCGUAGUUGAGCUUUUCUAAAUUGUGAUAAGGAAGAGGAGAAAAAUAUUUGGAUAGAAAAAAUAAUUAAGAUUGAUUAAGAAAAACAAAAAAAAAAAGAUAAACAAAAAAGAAGGAAGGGAAGGUGGUUCUCAUGUAUAGCAUUUUUAAUCCAAGAGCAGCUUUAUUGUAUGAUGCCUUCUGUGGUGUAACUAAUGUUCAGUUCACUAUAGUGAAGAAUGCUUAGUUAUUCUUGAUUUAAUGGUGUGGCAAUGUGUAUAUAUUUUUUCAAGCAUGAGUGAGUUUGUGACAUAGCCCCACUACCUCCUCCAGGCAACAAUGAAAUUGAGUUCAUUAAGGUGAGAAUAACAAUGUGAUUUUCUUGAUGUUUAAUGUAAUGGUGAUGCCAAAGAAGGGCAUAUGUUGGUGCUCGCGAUGGAUCUUUUAUCAAGGUUUUACUGUGUCAAGGAAAAUGUUAUCAUUAUUGGCUAAUAAUGUUCUAUGUUGAUUGUUACAUCUUAAGGAGAAGCUGCAUUGUUAGGCAUAAUGGCUUGACAUAUUUGGGGUUCUCGGAGAAUAAUAUGAAGUUUUUUUCAGGUUAAUGGCUGAAGUAAUAAAUCAAGUUCAACCAUUUUAUAUGAUGACUACACACUUUCUAUUUUUUUGGCUAGAUUUGUGAUCUAUCAAUACACCAUUGGUUUAUCAAGUACUAUGAUAAGUAAUAAGCUUAUUGUUCCAUUGAUGUAAGAUUCCCUCCAAUAAAAAGGAGAAAAAAAAUAAAAAUGUUUUUUUUACCCUAU